AGGAGUGGAAGGAGGACGUUGCGGCUACAUGUUUUCUUUUAGCCUUUUUUCCCUGCUUUUUGUCUUUUAGCACACGUUUCAAUUGAAUGUGAAGCUUUGUAAUACAUAUCAAAGCCAAUUUUUUCAUUAUAGCAUCGCUUGCGAAUGUUGUGAAUAAUUUCCGUUAUGGAUGUGAUAUUUAUGGAAAGCAACCGAACAGUUUGAAAGUGAGAAGAUGUGAAGAGCCUUUUACAAGCGUAUUUUCUACAACAAAAGGGAAUCCAGGGUGCAUUACUGACAGGAGACUGCUGGCAGAAGACGCAUUCCUUCAGUAGCGAGAGGCAGCUGUAGUGGAUGCAGCAGAAAGGAGCGAUGCUCGAAUCAGUGACAACCGCAGUGGGGCCACACUGAGGAAAGACCAAGUUAUACCCUAUACCCAGGGAUCGAGAUAGAUUUGAGGGUCUGGAAACGGAGAAAAGGAAGGAAAGCUACGCCUUUGGGAGAGCAGUUGGAUGUCUACUCAAUUAAAUUAACUCCUGCGGAGCUCCAUCUUUGACCUGCAGGAUGACAGUCAUGGCUGGGGACAACAUGGACGAGACCUCUGCCGUGCCGGGGCAUCCGCAGGACACAUACCCCCCUGACCACGACGAUCACGAAUGCUGUGAACGGGUGGUCAUCAACAUAGCCGGGCUGCGCUUUGAGACCCAGCUCAAAACUCUUGCCCAGUUUCCAGAGACUCUGUUAGGUAACCCAAAGAAGCGAAUGCGGUAUUUCGAUCCCUUGAGAAACGAGUACUUCUUCGACAGAAAUCGUCCAAGCUUUGAUGCCAUCCUCUACUACUAUCAGUCUGGGGGAAGACUGAGAAGGCCUGCAAACGUCCCGUUGGAUAUGUUCUCAGAAGAAAUUAAGUUCUAUGAACUUGGGGUCGAUGCGAUGGAGAAGUUUCGUGAAGAUGAGGGCUUCAUUCGCGAGGAAGAGCGGCCUUUACCGGAGCGUGAGUUUCAACGGCAAAUAUGGCUUCUGUUCGAGCAUCCUGAAAGCUCGGGGGGCGCCAGAGGAAUUGCUAUUGUGUCCGUUAUGGUCAUUUUAAUUUCCAUUGUCAUUUUCUGUUUGGAGACUUUACCUGAACUGAAAGAGGACCCUGGGGGGCGAAUGCACACUAUAGGCAACACCACCUUCUACUACAAACCAAACAUCUUGACCGAUCCCUUCUUCAUCAUAGAGACCCUCUGCAUCAUCUGGUUCUCAUUCGAACUGAUAGUGCGCUUCUUUGCUUGCCCGAGCAAAGCAGCCUUCUUUAAGAACAUGAUGAACACCAUAGACAUUGUAGCCAUCAUUCCCUACUUCAUCACGCUGGGUACAGAGUUAGCAGAGGAACCGGACGGAAAGGAGGCAAAGGGAGAGCAGGCAACAUCACUGGCCAUCCUCAGGGUGAUCCGUCUGGUCAGGGUGUUCAGGAUAUUUAAGCUGUCCAGACACUCCAAAGGCCUUCAGAUUUUGGGACAGACCCUGAAAGCCAGUAUGCGAGAGCUUGGAUUGCUUAUUUUCUUCCUCUUCAUUGGUGUCAUAUUGUUCUCCAGUGCUGUGUAUUUCGCAGAGGCCGAGGAAAAAGAGUCCUACUUCACCAGCAUCCCAGAUGCGUUCUGGUGGGCAGUUGUGUCGAUGACCACCGUAGGCUAUGGGGACAUGGUGCCGGUGACUAUAGGGGGCAAGAUCGUGGGUUCCCUGUGCGCCAUCGCUGGUGUGCUAACCAUCGCCCUCCCCGUGCCUGUCAUCGUGUCCAACUUCAACUAUUUCUACCAUAGAGAAACCGAAGGAGAGGAGCAGGCCCAACUCCUCAACGUGAGCAACCCAAACAUUGCCUCUGAUUCCAACUCCAGUCGUCGCAGCUCCUCAACCGUCAGCAAGUCUGAGUACAUGGAGAUAGAUGGAGAUAUAAACAACAGCAUCGACAACUUCAGAGAGGCCAACCUCAGAACUGGCAACUGCACUAUCCCUAAUCAGAACUGUGUGAACAAAAGUAAGCUGCUAACCGAUGUCUAGAGACACAGUAGAAAAUUCAGUCACAUACAUAUGAAUGCUUACUUUACCUCCUCUCGUGAGCCCUUGCAAUGCGAAUAUCUCUACAAUGCAGACGAAAGAAAAACACUACACCAAAACAUAUAGAACAUAACUGCAGCAAAUGAGACAGAUGAUUCAGUUUAUACUUAGUCUAAUACAUUUCCAAAGAGGAUGAUUGAGGAAAAAAAGCCUCUUCGAGCACCUAGCUAACAUCCACAGACUCUCGACGA